AUGGGAGAAAUAAAAAGCUUUUACACCUUCAUGUGUGCCUGCAUUGAUGGCAUUUCUGAUACACUGAAGCGGUUUGCGGUAAAAGUAACCACAGCCAGUGUGAAGGAACGGAGAGAGAUCCUCAGUGAGCUGGGAAAAUGCAUUUCUGGGAAAGAUCUUCCAGAGGGUGCAGUGAAAGGCCUUUGCAAACUCUUCUGCCUUACCCUGCAUCGAUACCGCGAUGCAGCAUCCCGCAGAGCCCUGCAGCUGGCACUUCAGCAGCUUGCAGAAUCCCAGCCAGAUGCAACAGCAAAAAACCUUCUGCACUCACUUCAGUCUUCAGGGAUCAGUGGCAAGGCUGGAGUUCCCAGUAAGAGCAGUGGAUCUGCAGCUCUGCUGGCACUCUCCUGGACAUGCCUGCUUGUACGCACAGUCUUUCCAACACCUGACAAGAGACAGGGAGAAACAUGGAAAAAACUGGUGGAGGUUCAGUGUUUGCUCCUUUUGGAAGUCCUGGGAGGUUCUCAUAAGCAGGCAGUGGAUGGGGCCGUGAAGAAAUUGAACAGGCUGUGGAAAGAGAACCAAGAUCUGGUGGAUCAGUACCUAUCUGUCAUUCUUGGUCUUGAACCAAACCAGAGUUAUGCUGCAAUGUUGGGACUUGUGGUGCAGUUUUGCACAGCCCAGAAAGAACUUGAUAUUAUUAAACGAUACAAGAGUGCUCUUCUGGAUUUCUACUUGAAGACCAUCCUUAUGAGCAAGACAAAGCCUCAGAAGCAUGUGCUGGACAGCUGUUCCCCGCUUCUUCGGUACAUGUCUCAUGCUGAAUUCAAGGACUUGGUUUUGCCAACUCUGCAGAAAUCCCUGCUACGGAGUCCUGAGAACGUCAUUGAAACAAUCUCUUGCUUGCUCGUAUCUGUGAACCUGGAUCUCAGCCAGUAUGCUCUAGACAUUGUGAAAGGGCUGGCCAGUCAUCUGAAAUCCAACAGCAUGCAGCUGAUGGAUGAAGCAGUUGUAGCAUUAAAGAACUUGGCUCGGCAGUGCAGUGAUCCUUCGGCUGUGGAGUCGCUGGGCAGACACCUUUUUGCCAUCUUAGGGGGCUCAGAAGGGAAGCUGACCGUUGUUGCUCAGAAGAUGAGUGUCCUUUCAGGGAUUGGUAGCCUUAGUCACCAUGUGGUUUCUGGAUCCUCUAGCCAAGCUCUCGCUGGAACCCUGGCUGAGCUUUUCAUCCCUUUUCUGCAACAAGAAGUCCAUGAAGGCACCUUGGUUCAUGCAGUCUCUGUCCUGGCUCUUUGGUGUGUUCGGUUCACCACAGAAGUUCCUAAGAAGCUGGUAGAAUGGCUAAAGAAGGCCUUCAGCCUUAAAACCUCUACUUCAGCUGUGAGACAUGCCUACCUGCAGUGCAUGCUAGCCUCUUUCAAAGGUGACACAUUAUUACAGGGAAUGGACUUGCUGCCAAUGCUGAUCCAGACGGUGGAAAAAGCAGCAUCUCAAAGCACCCAGGUUCCCAUGGUAACUGAAGGAGUUGCUGCAGCUUUGUUGAUCUGCAGGAUGUCUGUAAUUGAGGGACAAACCGAGACUAAGCUGAGUGGUUUCUGGCAGCUGAUUCUGGAUGAGAAAAAACAAAUUUUUACAUCAGAGAAGUUCUUGCAGUCUGCGCCAGAGGAAGCAAUGUGUACAGUACUGCAGCUGACAGAGCGCCUUCUCUUGGAUCAUGCACAACGACUGCCUGAAAGUAAAGUUCAGCAGUAUCACCGUGCCCUUGUUGCAGUACUGCUGAGUCGGACCUGGCAUGUUCGAAGACAGGCCCAUCAAACAGUUAAGAAGCUCUUGUCCUCUCUGGGAGGGUACAAACUGGCCUAUGGGCUCUUGGAGGAGCUGAAAGUGGUUCUCAGUUCUCACAAGGUUCUGCCUCAUGAGGUCCUGGUGAUGGAGUCAGGAGAGCUGUCAGAGCUAGGAAAGACUUACAUUCCUCCCCGUGUCCUUCAUGAGGCACUCUGUGUCAUCUCAAGUGUGGCAGGGCUUGAUGUGGAUUCCUGUGAGCCAGAAAAGCUGGCAUUGGAGAUGCUGCUGGUGAGCCAUCAUCCAUCUGUAGUGGCAGUGCAGCCAGGUCUUUGGCCAGCCCUCCUCAUCAAGAUGAAGAUAGAUCCCAAAGACUUCAUUACCAAACACCUGAAUGACAUAUUACCCAGGAUCACUGCCUAUGCUCCGGAGAACCAGUCAUCUAUGAAUGCAGUGGGAUCUCUCUCUCUGCUUUCACCUGGUAGAGUGCUCCCACAGCUCAUCAGCACUAUCUCAGCAUCAAUGGAGAAUCCAGCUCUGUGCCAGGUUACUCGAGAGGAAUUUGCCAUCAUGAAGACACCAGAGGGAGAACUGUAUGACAAAUCUAUAAUACAGAGUGCUCAACAGGAUAGCAUGAAAAAGGCCAACAUGAAGAGGGAGAAUAAAGCUUAUUCCUUCAAGGAACAAAUCAUUGAGCUAGAGCUGAAGGAGGAAAUAAAGAAGAAGAAAGGAAUAAAGGAUGAGGUGCAGCUGACUAGCAAGCAGAAGGAGCUGAUGCAUGCACAGCUGGAAAGGGAGUCUCAGAUAAGAAAACGUCUGAAGGAGCUUGAUAAUGAGCUGGAAACAGCCCUAGGACUCCUGGACACUGUUAUAAAGAGAAAGCCUCCUGGUCUAACUCAGUACAUCCCUGGUCUCAUUGGUUCCUUCUUGCCACUUUUUCGAUCGCCUUUGGCUGCUCCAAGGAUUAAGGAACCUUUUCUUUCCUUAGCUUCCUGUGUCAUGCCUGCUCGACUGAAAACCUUUGGUACUUUAGUGAGCCAUGUGACCUUGCGCCUGAUGAAGCCAGAAUGUGAAUUAGAUGAAUCCUGGUGUCAAGAAGAGCUGUCUACUGCUCUGAACAGAGUUGUUGGCUUGCUGCAUGCCCAUACCAUUCCUAGCCGAACAGGCAAGGGAGAGCCAGGUGCUGCCCCAUUAUCUGCUCCAGCGUUUUCCUUAGUUUUUCCUCUCCUAAAAACUGUUAUGACUGAGACGCCUCAUGACAGUGAAGACAAGGAGGAGUUUCUGGUCAAGAUUCUGCAGAUCCUUACGGUCCAUGCUCAGAUGAGAUCAUCAGCAAAUGGCCAAGCUUUGCUGGUGGAUGAGAAUGGCCCAGAGUUGCUGCCUCGGAGGGACAUGCUGGUUCUGCUGACCCGGGUGAUAGGAACGGGUUCUCCACGGUUACAGGUUUUGGCUUCCAAUGCACUGACUGCCCUGUGCACAAGCAGCAGCGGGGAGGAUGGCUGUGCAUAUGCAGAACAGGAAGAGAUCGACGUGUUACUUCAGGCCCUGCAAUCUCCAUGCAUGAAUGUUCGCGAUGCAGCCCUCAGGGGUCUGAUGGAGCUACAAAUGGUUCUACCAACACCAGACAGCGAUGAAAAGAAUGGACUGAAUUUGUUACGUCGCCUUUGGGUAGUAAAGUUUGAUGUGGAAGAUGAGAUUCAGAAGUUAGCAGAGAGGUUGUGGGAGUCCAUGGGUCUGGAGCUGCAGCCUGACCUCUGCUCUCUGCUGAUCAAAGAUGUCAUCUACCAUGAAGAGGCAGUGCGACAAGCAGGUGCUGAAGCUCUUUCCAGAGCUGUAGCUCAGUAUCGAAACCAAGCAGCAGAGGUCAUGAAUAAACUUACAGAGAUUUACCAGGAGAAGCUCUACAGGCCACCUCCAGUUUUGGAUGCUUUGGGACGAGUGAUAUCUGAAUCACCACCUGACCAGUGGGAAGCAAGGUGUGGUAUAGCUUUGGCCCUCAACAAACUCUCACAGCAUCUGGACAGUUCUCAGGUGAAGCCCCUCUUUCAGUUUUUUGUACCGGAUGCCCUGAAUGAUCGCAGUCCUGAAGUCAGGAAGUGCAUGUUAGAUGCAGCUCUUUCAACUCUCAACACUCAUGGCAAAGACAAUGUUAACUCUCUCUUGCCAGUGUUUGAAGAAUUCCUGAAAAAUGCUCCUAAUGAUGCCAGUUAUGAUGCUGUCAGGCAGAGCGUGGUCAUUCUAAUGGGUUCACUGGCAAAACAUCUGGACAAGAGCGACCCUAAAGUGAAACCAAUUGUUGGCAAACUGAUAGCAGCCUUGUCCACGCCAUCUCAGCAGGUUCAGGAGUCGGUGGCAAGCUGUUUACCACCCCUGGUGCCUGCAAUUAAAGAGGAUGCAGGAGGAAUGAUACAGAAGCUGAUGCAGCUGCUUUUAGAAUCUGAUAAGUAUGCUGAGCGCAAAGGUGCAGCUUAUGGGCUGGCGGGCCUGGUGAAAGGCCUUGGCAUCCUUUCUCUCAAGCAGCAGGAGAUGAUGACCACGCUGACCGAUGCUAUCCAGGACAAGAAGAACUUCCGUCGGCGUGAGGGGGCUCUGUUUGCCUUUGAGAUGCUCUGCAGCAUGCUUGGAAAGCUCUUUGAGCCCUAUGUGGUUCAUGUGCUACCUCACUUGCUACUUUGUUUUGGAGAUGGGAACCAGUAUGUGCGAGAGGCUGCAGAUGACUGUGCCAAAGCCGUGAUGAGCAACUUGAGUACUCAUGGAGUGAAGCUGGUUUUGCCAUCACUUCUUGCAGCACUAGAAGAGGAGUCCUGGAGAACCAAAGCUGGAUCGGUGGAACUGCUGGGGGCUAUGGCGUACUGUGCUCCCAAACAGCUCUCUUCCUGCUUACCCAAUAUUGUGCCAAAACUUACUGAAGUGCUCACAGACUCUCAUGUGAAGGUGCAGAAUGCAGGUCAGCAAGCUCUCAGGCAGAUUGGGUCUGUCAUCAGGAAUCCAGAGAUCCUGGCAAUUGCUCCAGUUCUGUUGGAUGCUCUCACUGACCCCUCCAGGAAGACCCAGAAGUGUCUGCAGACUCUACUGGAUACCAAAUUUGUCCAUUUCAUUGAUGCACCAUCCUUAGCACUGAUCAUGCCAAUUGUCCAGAGAGCUUUUCAAGAUCGUUCCACAGACACCAGGAAAAUGGCUGCCCAGAUCAUUGGGAACAUGUACUCCCUCACUGAUCAGAAGGAUCUGGCUCCUUACCUGCCCAGCGUGACUCCUGGCCUGAAGGCAUCCCUGUUGGAUCCUGUACCUGAAGUGCGUACAGUGUCCGCAAAGGCACUGGGAGCCAUGGUGAAGGGUAUGGGAGAAUCAUGCUUUGAGGAUUUGUUGCCGUGGCUGAUGGAGACGCUGACAUAUGAGCAGAGCUCAGUGGAUCGAUCUGGUGCUGCUCAAGGUCUGGCUGAAGUUAUGGCUGGUUUGGGGGUAGAAAAGCUGGAGAAACUUAUGCCGGAGAUUGUAGCUACUGCCAGUAAAGUGGAUAUUGCUCCGCAUGUACGAGAUGGUUAUAUCAUGAUGUUCAACUACCUACCAAUUACCUUUGGAGACAAGUUCACUCCCUAUGUUGGUCCCAUCAUUCCUUGUAUCCUUAAGGCACUGGCAGACGAGAAUGAGUUUGUGCGGGACACUGCCUUGCGCGCUGGCCAGAGAAUCAUAAGCAUGUAUGCCGAGACUGCCAUUGCACUUCUCCUGCCACAGCUUGAGGAUGGCCUGUUUGAUGACUUGUGGAGGAUAAGGUUUAGCUCAGUUCAGCUCCUGGGAGAUCUUCUAUUCCAUAUCUCAGGAGUCACUGGAAAAAUGACCACAGAAACUGCCUCAGAGGAUGACAACUUUGGAACAGCCCAGUCAAACAAGGCUAUUAUUAAUGCUCUUGGUGUGGAGAGGAGGAACAGGGUGCUGGCAGGGCUGUACAUGGGCCGCUCUGACACCCAGCUGGUAGUGCGUCAAGCCUCCUUACAUGUCUGGAAGAUUGUAGUCUCAAACACUCCUCGCACACUGCGUGAAAUUUUGCCAACUCUCUUUGGGCUUCUGCUGAAAUUCUUGGCCAGUACUUGUGCAGAUAAGCGAACGGUUGCAGCACGGACAUUAGGAGACCUUGUCCGAAAGUUAGGAGAGAAGAUCCUUCCUGAAAUCAUUCCUAUUCUGGAGGAUGGACUGAGGUCAGACAAGAGUGACGAGAGGCAAGGAGUCUGCAUUGGGUUGAGUGAGAUAAUGAAAUCUACCAGCAGGGAUGCGGUACUGCUUUUCUCGGAGUCCCUAGUUCCUACAGUGAGAAAAGCGCUGUGUGACCCUCUGGAAGAAGUCCGAGAGGCUGCAGCUAAAACGUUUGAACAGUUGCACUCAACAAUUGGACAUCAAGCUCUUGAAGAUAUCCUGCCAUUUUUGCUGAAGCAGCUGGGAAUUGCCAUUGUCACCUGCUUAAGCUGUUUGGCCACCAUUCCUGAUACGGAAAAUCUUUCUGAUGUGACAGAAAAGCUUGAUGGUCUUAAACAAGUUAUGGCUGUCAAGAGCCGUGUGGUGCUGCCUUAUUUGGUGCCAAAGCUGACUACUCCCCCCGUGAACACCCGGGUGCUAGCUUUCCUCUCAUCAGUGGCAGGGGGGGCUCUGACACGGCACUUGAGUGUCAUCCUGCCUGCUAUGAUGUCUGCGCUGAAAGAGAAGCUGGGGACCAGCGAAGAGCAGUUGGAGAUGGCAAACUGCCAGUCUGUAAUCCUGUCAGUGGAGGAUGACGCUGGACAGAGAAUCAUAACUGAAGAUUUACUAGAAGCUACCCGCAGCCCUGAGCUGGGAAUGAGACAGGCAGCAGCUGUCAUUCUGAAUAUCUACUGUUCCAAGACAAAAGCAGACUAUACUGGUCAUCUCAAGAGCUUGGUUUCAGGCUUGAUACGUCUGUUUAACGAUACCAACCCUGUAGUUUUGAAUGAAAGCUGGGAUGCGCUUAAUUCCAUCACCAAGAAAUUAGAUGCUGGGAACCAGCUUGCUCUCAUUGAGGACCUGCACAAGGAUAUACGGAUUGUAGGGAACGAGGCCAAAGGCGAGCAUGUGCCGGGGUUCUGUAUUCCUAAGAAGGGAGUGACUUCCAUACUCGUGGUGCUGCGGGAAGGUGUUUUAACUGGUAAUCCAGAGCAGAAGGAGGAGGCAGCAAAGGCCUUAGGGCUAGUUAUUAAGCUGACUUCUGCUGAAGCUCUUAAACCAUCUGUGGUGAGCAUUACUGGGCCGCUUAUUCGGAUCCUGGGAGAUCGGUUCAGCUGGAAUGUCAAGGUGGCUCUGCUGGAAACCUUAAGCCUUCUUUUAGCCAAGGUUGAGAUUGCCCUGAAACCGUUUUUGCCCCAAUUGCAAACAACCUUCACCAAAGCUCUACAAGACUCAAACCGUGCUGUUCGCCUUAAAGCUGCCGAUGCUCUUGGUAAACUCAUCGUCAUCCAUGUAAAAGUGGAUCCUCUCUUCACGGAGCUACUGAACGGAAUUCGUUCCAGUGAUGACUCUGCCAUCAGGGACACAAUGCUGCAAGCUCUGCGGUUUGUCACACGAGGAGCUGGUGCAAAAGUUGAUGCUGCAAUUAGGAAGAACAUCAGCACGGUGCUUCUAGGGAUGCUGGGACACGAUGAGGAUGCCACCCGCAUGGCCUCAGCGGGCUGCUUAGCCGAGCUGUGCGCAUUUCUGUCGGAAGAGGAGCUUGGUGCUGUUCUCCACCAGCACUUACUGGCAGACGUCUCUGGCAUUGACUGGAUGGUGAGACACGGGCGAAGCCUGGCGCUCUCUGUGGCUGUGAGUGUUGCUCCUAGCAGGCUGUGCUCCCCCAAGUACUACAGCAGCGUUCAGGAGAUGAUCCUCAGCAAUGCCACUGCUGACAGGAUUCCUAUUGCAGUUAGUGGCAUCAGAGGGAUGGGCUUUCUUAUGAAAUACCACAUGGAAGGAGGAGGGAACCUGCCUCCAAAACUUUCCAACCUCUUUAUUAAGUGUCUUCAGAACUCAUCCAGUGACAUAAAGUUAGUUGCAGAAAAGAUGAUCUGGUGGGCAAAUAAAAACCAUCUUCCCUCACUGGAUCCUCAGACAAUUAAACCGAUUCUCAAAGCGCUUCUGGACAACACAAAGGACAAAAACACCAGCGUAAGAGCCUAUAGCGACCAAGCUAUUGUCAAUCUUCUGAAGAUGAGAGCGGGUGAAGAAGUGCUGGAGUCGGUUUCCAAGAUUCUAGAUGCUGCCAGCUUGGAGCUCCUCAACGAAAGCUGCAGGAGAUCUCUGAAGAAGCUGGCUGGCCAGGCUGACUCUGAUGAACAGAUAGAUGACACUAUACUGACGUGAUGACAACGCUCUAGACGACAAGGAAACACUGAUCCAACCGCUGCAUCAGCAUUUCAACUCAAACACCUAUUUUAAAUGUUUUCAUUUUUGAAAAUGUUAAUUCUGACGGGAUUUCAUGAAAAGGACUCCCAGAGAGUAUUUUAGUAUCAAAUAUACCAGAAUAGCCUUAAUUAGACCCACUAUAGCUGAAAAUUGAAAAUUUGGUCCCCUUUUUUGAAACAGAUAAUGCGCAAGAAACAGAUAUACUAAUCAAUACUGGUAAAUUGUGGCCCAUUGUGAGAUGUGGCUCUAGAGCACAUCAGGCUUAAACUCUGGUGACACCUAUUUCCUUUCCAGGGUCUGUGCAAAAGCUCCAGUACUGGAAGCGGUGUUGGUCUUUUCCACCGGCCCUGUGAAGCAGGAAUAGAACUUGGUGAAAGUUAAAGCGUAUUGUUUUUGUGUACUGCUAACUUGCUGCUUGUGACGGUCCUGAAGACUGAAAAUCCCUGUAAAACAAAGUAUUUAAAAUAGCCUUAGAAAUCACAAAUGCGAAAGGGGGAUUAAAUGCAGUCUGUUUAAAGGAGGAACAUUUAAUAAAGGCUCUGACUUUGA